AAGCGCGGCCGCCGCCAUGCCGCUCGCCUCGGCGCGGCCGCCCGCCAGCGCCGAGCCCUUCGUGCUGGCCGCCAGCCUCGACAACGCCCGCCACCUCUCCAGCCUCCUCAGGGCCGUCCACUUCCAGGACCACGCCACCUGCUUCGCCACGGCCAACGGCCUCAGGGUGACGGUGGAGGACGCCAAGUGCAUCCAGGCCAACGCCUUCAUCCAGGCAGAAAUUUUUCAGGAAUUUGCUGUUCAGGAGGAAUCAGUGACAUUCCGGAUCAAUUUGUCUGUUCUUCUCGACUGCUUGACCAUUUUUGGUACCAGUUCUUUGCCAGGAACAUCAACGGCCCUUAGGAUGUGUUAUCGUGGUUACGGUUAUCCUUUGAUGCUGUUCUUGGAAGAAGGAGGAGUAGUGACAGUGUGCAAAAUUAACACUCAAGAACCUGAUCAGCUGUUAGCCUUUGAUUUCUGCAGUACAAAGGUUGUUAAUAAAAUUAUCCUGCAGUCGGAGGGGCUACGAGAAGCAUUUGCUGAACUGGAUAUGACCAGUGAAGUUCUGCAGAUUACCAUGUCUCCAGAUAAACCCUACUUCAGGUUAUCAACUUUUGGAAAUGCAGGAAGUGCACAUCUGGACUACCCUAGGGAUUCUGAUUUGAUGGAAGCAUUCCAUUGUAACCAGACCCAGACAAACAGGUACAAGAUUUCUUUGCUUAAGCCAUCUACAAAGGCAUUGGCUUUAUCUUGUAAAGUGUCCAUUCGCACAGAUGCUCAAGGAUUUCUUUCACUGCAGUAUAUGAUUAGGAAUGAAGAUGGACAGAUCUGUUUUGUGGAAUACUAUUGUUGCCCCGAUGAGGAUAUUACUGAAGCAGAAAUGUAGGUGUAUAUUAUGGCAUCUGUUUUAUAGUUAUGUACAUAUAUAUAAUACUGUAUUUUUUUUAUAAAACUGAAUGAAAGCUGUAAAGUUUGAUAGAUUUUUAUGUUGUAAUUUUUUUUUGAACUCUGGAAUUAGAAAUACAAAGACUUCCUUCUUAUUCCCUUGCAAACAUUUCUUAGCCCUGACUCAAAAAGCUAAGAUGAAAAAGCAAAAGGGGAGUUGAUCUCUGAUAGCCACUGAUUCCAGCACAGAUGUUAAAGUGGUGUUCGUGUAAUAUGUUGCUGCUUUAUAAAGUGUUCUUCAAUAUUUUUGAGUUUUGUUGUUUAUCAGAUGUUGAGAUGCUGCUUUGCACAUGUGGAAAACAGUAUGUUCAUACGUUAUGAAGUUGAUUGCUCCACAGUUCAACAGAAUUCAAGUCCUUUGGGUUUAUUUUAAGUUUAAAAAGCUUUUGUUGACCAUUUUUCACCUCCUGCUUAUGUCAGCAAGAGUAUACUUUCAGCGUACACAGUGUUAACAGUUCACUUUUGUUGUCUUCUGUUGCAAUAAAUACAUUUGACAAACAGUGA